GAUGGAUGAUUGUGAUUAUAAAUUGAUUGUCAUUUUUCAUUCCUCCAUUCCUCAUUUCACUCUUCUCAAACUUUUUGACCUUAACACUCUAACACUUCCAACACUUCACAUACACUUUUUACAAGUUCUUAACACUAAAUUUUCACCAUGUCUUCCAACGUUGUUUCCCCUAAAACCCUUAUCACCUCUUCCGCUGCUCAGGAUAAGGGCAGAAGUCAAUCUGUUCAGGAGAAGGGUGAAAACCAUAUCACCCUCGACUAUUCGCUAACCAGCAUUGGGGAAAGUAGUGGAAGUGAGGAGGAACGUGGACGUAAGAGGAUUCUCAAGCUCAGGAAGGAUCCCAUACUCAGUUUGGAUCCCUAUGCUGAUCCUGCCUUAGAGCAGUACAAUCGGCAUCAGCGUAUGCUAAAGAAGGGGUUGAGGGAUCUUUCUCGAUCCCCUUCUUUGGAGAUCGGUUCCUCCACUCAUACCGUUUCCUCUAGUGCCACUGAGACUGUGCUCGGCCGAAGGAGCCGCAGCGAGACCGAUGACGAAGAGGCUGAACCUUCGAGGCGUCGUCAGCGUAUUAGCAAGACGACGCAGGAACGCCUUGAGGACACUGUCAGGGCCCUCUGCAAGCGGGUUAAAGAGCAGGAUGAGAGGAUACUGAGUUUGGAAGUUGAUAUAGAACUUUUGAAGAAAUCCAUUCCUUCUCCUACUGUUCGUCGUAGUGGUAGAAAUCGCAAAGGAAAGAAAUAAAUCUUGCGAUUGUUGAAAUGAAUAUACUUAUCUUAUGCGGGAUGUAUGAUAAAUAUGUAAAUAUGAUGAGGAAAAUGAUAGUUGAGAUGAUAUGAAUAGUAUGAAUAGGUCCUCAUCCCCGCUUAAUAAGGGGUUUGUCUUUCUACGUUAAAAAAAGUGAAAUAUGCCAGGAUCAUAAUAAGUAAC